CUUACAAAAAAAAAAAAGAGAAUGGCAGAGUUCAAAAUUUUAGCUCAUUUCCCGUCUAUGCUACACGGUUCUUAUUAUGGGGUUCUUGACAUAGAAUCUCCCGCAGACGAGUUCGUUAAAUAUUUUACCAGAAAGAGAGAAUGGAAGUGCUACAAUCAUGAUUCAAUUUCUGCUGUGGAGUUGAGGUUCCAAAUCGAGUCAGAGAAUUUGGAGAAAAAAACAGUGAAGAUGAGCAUAUUUUGGUAUCACAUCUCGGACUUCUUCAAGAAGAUCGAAGCAACAUUCACCGUCACUCCUACGAGAGACAUGAUACCUAGCAGCCUGGCGUGGUCCGUCGAUUUCGAGAAGAUUAGCUAUGACAUAAUAGAUCCAAUGUGGAUCGUCAGCACUCUACUCGAAUACAUCAGGUCCACCGAUGUCUAUAAUCUUUAUGAACUAAAUCAUAAGGUCAACUCCAUUGACACUGAUUAUACGGCGGACGAAUGCUUUAAAGCUUUCAUCGGAGCAUCUAAAGAUGAUGCUGAGGUGGAGAUCGAUGCUGAGGACUGGGAGAGUAGGACAACUACGAUAAGUGUGAGGAGCUCUCAUUUGUUGAUGACUAAGUACAAGAAGCUCAAAGUAACCACCACUAUUAUUCCUAAGGAAGACUAUAACUGUUGGGUAAGCUUUGAUAGCUUGAAGCUCAAGAUAUCCUUUAUCAAGUUGGAUAAGGAUAAGACAAGCUUUCAUAUAUAUCUAGUAGCAUUAGGAGUUAUAUAUAACUAUUAG